GUUUAAUGUUCUCUCUGUCUUCUUUUAUAGCAGAAGAACAAGGACAUGGACUUCUCAGAGGGUGAAAUUGCACUUGACCCAGAUUAUGCAGAUUAUUAUAAUGAUAACCUGGAAGAACCUUGUUCUUACCAGAACAACCACAGGCUGGAGCAGGUGGUCGGUCCGUACGUCCACUCAAUCAUCUGCAUCCUGGGCUUCAUUGGGAACAGCCUGGUGAUCAUCACCUAUGCCUUCUACAAAAGGACCAAGUCCAUGACUGAUGUCUACCUGCUCAACGUGGCCAUCGCAGACUUGCUGUUCGUGGUGGCGCUGCCUCUCAUCGUCUACAACGAGCUGACAUCAUGGUCGAUGGGGCCGGUGGCCUGUAAGCUGCUGCGUGGCUCCUACAGUGUGAACCUGUACAGCGGCAUGCUGCUGCUUGCCUGCAUCAGCGGCGACCGCUACAUCGCCAUCGUCCAGGCCCGUCGCAGCUUCAGACUGCGCUCACUGCCCUACAGCCGGGUCAUCUGCGCCGUCGUCUGGAUCUUUGCCAUUCUGCUGUCCGUCCCCACCUUCUACUUCUACAACUGGUACGAGCCGUCCCACAACAACCUCAUGUUGGGGACCAAUAUGACCGACAUGUUUGAUGGAGAGGGGACCAAUCUGACCAACUUCUGGGACAUCUUCAUGCUGGGUGGACAGACGAAUCAGACUUCCAGGACUCCACAGUACGUCUGUGAGUUCAGGUUCGAGAGCAACAAUACAGCCUUGAGUACCAAAGUGGCCAUCCCCAGCACCCAGCUGGCCGUGGGCUUCUUUCUGCCGCUGCUCAUCAUGAUCUCCUGCUACACCGCCGUCAUCAUCACGCUGCUUAGAGCCAGGAACUUCCAGAGGCACAAGGCGGUGCGGGUGGUGCUGGCUGUGGUGUUGGUGUUCAUCGCCUGCCACCUGCCCUACAAUAUCACACUGCUUUAUGACACCGUCAACAUGUUCCAGCAGGGGGAGUGUGAAGUGUUGGACAACCUGCAGGUAGCCAAGACGGUGACACAGACCAUCGCCUACCUGCACUGCUGCCUGAACCCGGUACUGUAUGCCUUCGUCGGGGUGAAGUUCAGGAACCACUUCAGAAGGAUCAUGCAGGACCUGUGGUGUCUGCGGAAGAGGUACAUCGCCCCACGCCGCUUCUCCAGGGUCACCUCCGAGAUCUACAUGUCCACUCGCCGCUCGGUGGAUGGAUCCAGUGAGAACGGCUCGUCUUUCACCAUGUGAAGACGUCUGCUGGGUUCAUCUGUGGAGCUGAUUGUUGUGGACAAGAAACUUCCUGUUAAACCCAAAUAACACAGGAGCUCGAGGUCUGCAGGUCUCUGAGAGUCCAAACUGGACUCAAGUCUGUAAAACAUUUAGUGAUGUUGUGUUGCUUCAAGCUGUGGUUCUCAGGGAGUCACAGGAUAAAUCGCAGGGUUAUCAGAUGAUAAUAU